UUUGCUCCCACUUGACCAGGCAGACGUCGCCAUCAUGCUGCAUCGCGCCAGUCGUUCCAUCCGAUUGCCCGCGUGGGCGGCGCUGUCUGCCCACACCCGCUGUUUGAGUGGAUACACGUCAAAUCAAGUUGGUGUGAAGGGCACGAUCGACAGUCGCCUCGUGUUCGUGAAUGCGUCGAGCGGUGCUGCAGUGUCUCCGUGGCACGACAUUCCAUUGCGUCCAGUGGGGGAAAAAAGCUCCUAUGUGUUCCAUUUCGUAAACGAGAUCCCCAAAGGGACCCGUGCCAAGAUGGAGAUUGCCGGGGAAGAAGCACGGAAUCCCAUCAAGCAAGACGUAAAGAACGGCAACUUGCGGUUUUACCAUUUUGACUCGCUCGUCAACUACGGGUGCAUUCCGCAGACGUGGGAAGACCCGCGCCACAUUGAUCCGGCUACUCAACAUGGAGGAGACAACGACCCGAUCGACGUUUGCGAGAUUGGGUCGCGGGUGGCGGCGGUGGGCGACGUCUAUCCAGUCAAAGUGCUAGGUGUGCUGGGCAUGAUCGACGACGGGGAAACGGACUGGAAGGUCAUCGCCAUCGCCACCGACGAUCCGCUAGCAAACAAGCUGCAUGGUAUGGUCAACAUAUUGGCUUUUUUAGUAAGGCCAAUAGUAUCACCACGAAAAAUUAACAAAUAUGCGUUCAUUUUGGACUAUUUGGCUGACUUUUUAGAUUUGGACGACCUGCAUGCGCAUGCCCCGGACACGGUCGCAACCAUUCGCAACUGGUUUCGCGACUAUAAAAUCCCCGACGGCAAGCCGCCCAGCGCGUUUGCUUUUGACGGACGUGCGCAAUCCCGCGACUUUGCCGUGGAUGUGAUCGAGCAAACCCAUGCGUCCUGGAAGCAACUGGUGCACGUGAACAACCAGACCAAGCUCUGGACCAAGUAAAUGCAAGUGCAACUAGCACGUCACCACCUUGCACUGCAGCCGUUACUUGUUGCUACUAUUAUAAUAGUAAUAGUACUACUACUGUACUAACGUUACUAUAAUAGUAGUACUAUUGUGCUUUGCACCUUUUUUGGCAA